AUGUCAGCCCCGCCGGACCCCCAGGACCUGCUGCUGGCAGGCACUGGGAUACACUGGGCUGCAGACGGGACGGACCAGUAUGCAACUGGGGCUCCGCUGCGGGAUGGAGAUGGGGCUCAGCAGCGGGAGCAGCUGGCUUUUGGAUCCGCCAGGGAACACCCGCCCGUUGCCAUGGCGACUGCAUCCCCAGGUGUCACAGCCUCAUCGCACCUCUUUGACUACGGCUCCACUGCCAACGGGGGUGACAGCUCCUUCUACACUUCUCUGAUCUCGGAUGUCCACUACACCACCCCGCGGGACUCCACCUACUUCACGGGCAUUUAUCAGCAGAAAAAAAACAGCCCCAUUCCCUGUUCGGGCAGCACGGAGGGGUUUAACACGCUGGGGCAUCCUGUUCAAGAUGUGACUGGGUUUGAGUCCCGUGGCUUGUUUAGCUCAGAUUCGGGAAUAGAGAUGACUCCUGCAGAGUCUAUUGAAGUUGAUAAAACCUUAGCAGAUCCCAUGAAAGUAGAAGCUUAUAAAUACAUGGACAUAAGUAGAUCAGAAGAAAUAAAAUACCAAGAAAAACAUAGCUCUGACUCAGAAGAUGAGAGCCCAGGCCUUAUCGAUAAGGACCAGGGAAUACCCACCAGGUCAAGCCACACUGCUGAACACCAGCAGAGAGCUUCGGAGAGCAUGAAGGCAACCAAAGAGCAAGACCCACUUGAAGACACAAGAUCUGGAGAUCAGCACAGUGACUCUGUGGUUACAGCCCCUGUCAAGAUCACACUCACAGAGAUAAAAAGUGCCAGUGAAGCUGCUAGCAAAGAGUCGAGCCCAAUUCAGCCCGAGACCGGCCUGAAGCUGAGCUGUGAGGUGGUACCAACAGUGACAGUGUCAGAGCCAGAAGAUGACAGCCCAGGGUCUGUCACACCACCAUCCUCUGGCACAG